AUGUCUUCGAUGAUCACGACCACGGCCUGGGUGCGGCGCGGUGUCGCUGCCCAGUUCCCUAUCAAAUAUGAGAUCGACGAAAAAGAAAUGGAUCGGAUAUCCAAGAUGGCCCGCAUGCAGCUUGAGGAGGCCCAGGAAGAUCUGAAUGCUGCCAAGGAAGGCAAGAUGGACGAGGAUGAGGAUGACACUGCCAUGGAUGAGGAUCAUAAAGAGGAGAAGGUCGAAAAGACUACAUCCAAAGAGGGUACGGAGUCGAAGUCUGCUGGUGAUGAUGAUAUCCUAAAGGAGCUUGACAUGGACCACUAUGAUAGUGACGAGGUUGAUGAAGACGGUGAGAAAGUCACCAUGUUUGGCAAUGUGCAGUCCUUGGCCUACCACCAGCCCAACGAGGAGGAUCCAUAUCUCGUGAUCCCCGAGGACCAAGAGGACGAGGAACGUGAGGAGCUGCAGAUCAUGCCCACCGAUAACCUUCUCUUAGCCGGAAAAGUCGAAGAUGAGGUCGCCCACCUGGAGGUCUACGUCUACGAGGAUCAAGCCGACAACCUCUAUGUUCAUCACGACAUUAUGCUGCCCGGCAUCCCUCUCUGCCUGGAAUGGCUCGAUAUUCCAGUUGGCAAGAACACCGAAGGUCGCACUCAAGGAAACUUCGUGGCUAUUGGAACCAUGGAGCCUGACAUCGAGAUCUGGGAUCUGGAUGUUGUGGAUUCUAUGUACCCCAACGCUAUCCUCGGACAGGGUGGUCACGAAGCUGGCGAUGCGGCGCAGGCCAAGAAAAAGUCCAAGAAGAAGAAGGCCAAGGCGAAUGAUGAAUAUCACAUUGACUCUAUUUUGGCGCUGGCAGCCAACCGCCAGCACCGGAAUCUGCUGGCCUCCGCCUCCGCUGAUCGCACCGUGAAGCUCUGGGACCUCAACACGACAAGCUGCGCCAAGUCCUACUCUCACCACACCGACAAGGUCUGCUCGCUUGACUGGCACCCGAAGGAGUCGACUAUUCUUCUGAGUGGCAGUUACGACCGUACUAUAGUGGCCGCAGACAUGCGUGCACCCGACUCUACUGCCCGUUGGGGCGUCGACACCGAUGUUGAGAACGUCCGCUGGGACCCGCAUGACCCCAACUACUUCUACGUCACCACUGACGGCGGUAUGGUUUACCGCUACGACGUCCGUAAUGCCCCCGCUACCCCGGCGCAAUCCAAGCCCGUCUGGUCGCUCCAGGCACACGACUCUUCCGUCUCGUCUUUCGAUAUUAACCCUCUUAUUCCUGGGUUCUUGGUCACCGGCUCAACGGACAAGGAGGUUAAGCUCUGGAAUGUCGAGAAUGACAAGCCUAGCAUGGUCGUCUCAAGGAAGUUGGACGUUGGAAAGGUCUUUUCGACCAGCUUUGCUCCAGAUGCUGAGGUCAGCUUCCGUCUGGCCGUGGCUGGCAGCAAGGGUGUUGUUCAGAUCUGGGAUGCUUCGACUAACGGUGCCGUUCGUCGUGCUUUCGUCUCCCGCAUGCCUGAUUUGGCUGGUGAUGUCCCCGAGCGGACUGUUGGCGUGCAUGCCGACCACGACGAAUCGGAUGAUGAUGGUGCUGAAGAGGGUGGAGAGGGUGCUCCGGCCGAUGGCCCUGAUGGAUGGGAGUCGAUGGAUGAGGAUUAG